AUGGACACCUACCACGCUGCGUAUUGGUCCGAUCCUUGUUUCCCCUCUUCAGAGGACGAGGAGGACAUCUCCCGUGACAGCUGGAUAUCAGUGGAGGCUCCUCAGAGGAGGAAGGGGAGGACCAUCCAGCUCUUGGAGCCUGUGUGUCAGAAUGGCUCAGUGGAGUCUGUGUGUCAGAAUGGCUCAGUGGAGUCUGUGUGUCAGAAUGGCUCAGUGGAGUCUGUGUGUCAGAAUGGCUCAGUGGAGCCUGUGUGUCAGAAUGGCUCAGUGGAGCCUGUGUGCCAGAAUGGCUCAGUGGAGUCUGUGUGUCAGAAUGGCUCAGUGGAGUCUGUGUGUCAGAAUGGCUCAGUGGAGUCUGUGUGUCAGAAUGGCUCAGUGGAGUCUGUGUGUCAGAAUGGCUCAGUGGAGUCUGUGUGUCAGAAUGACUCAGUGGAGUCUGUGUGUCAGAAUGGCUCAGUGGAGUCUGUGUGUCAGAAUGGCUCAGUGGAGUCUGUGUGUCAGAAUGGCUCAGUGGAGUCUGUGUGUCAGAAUGGCUCAGUGGAGUCUGUGUGUCAGAAUGGCUCAGUGGAGUCUGUGUGUCAGAAUGGCUCAGUGGAGUCUGUGUGUCAGAAUGGCUCAGUGGAGUCUGUGUGUCAGAAUGGCUCAGUGGAGUCUGUGUGUCAGAAUGGCUCAGUGGAGUCUAUGAGUCAGAAUGGCUCAGUGGAGCCUGUGUGUCAGAAUGGCUCAGUGGAGUCUGUGUGUCAGAAUGGCUCAGUGGAGUCUGUGUGUCAGAAUGGCUCAGUGGAGUCUGUGUGUCAGAAUGGCUCAGUGGAGUCUGUGUGUCAGAAUGGCUCAGUGGAGCCUGUGUGUCAGAAUGGCUCAGUGGAGUCUGUGUGUCAGAAUGGCUCAGUGGAGUCUGUGUGUCAGAAUGACUCAGUGGAGUCUGUGUGUCAGAAUGGCUCAGUGGAGUCUGUGUGUCAGAAUGGCUCAGUGGAGUCUGUGUGUCAGAAUGGCUCAGUGGAGUCUGUGUGUCAGAAUGGCUCAGUGGAGUCUGUGUGUCAGAAUGGCUCAGUGGAGUCUGUGUGUCAGAAUGGCUCAGUGGAGUCUGUGUGUCAGAAUGGCUCAGUGGAGUCUGUGUGUCAGAAUGGCUCAGUGGAGUCUGUGUGUCAGAAUGGCUCAGUGGAGUCUGUGUGUCAGAAUGGCUCAGUGGAGUCUGUGUGUCAGAAUGGCUCAGUGGAGUCUGUGUGUCAGAAUGGCUCAGUGGAGUCUGUGUGUCAGAAUGGCUCAGUGGAGUCUGUGUGUCAGAAUGGCUCAGUGGAGUCUGUGUGUCAGAAUGGCUCAGUGGAGUCUGUGUGUCAGAAUGGCUCAGUGGAGCCUGUGUGUCAGAAUGGCUCAGUGGAGUCUGUGUGUCAGAAUGGCUCAGUGGAGCCUGUGUGUCAGAAUGGCUAA